CAGAUCUGUUUUAAAUACGAAUUUACAACAAUAAAAAAACUGUUUUACUCAUUUCAAUAAAUCUCGUACUCCACGAUAGACAGCUGUGUCAAUAGAAACGAGCUGCCAUCAUAACAAUAAAUAGGAGACUAUUAUAGUCUUGCUUGAAACGAUUUUAUUUUAGCAAGGCGGAACUAUUCUGUUGAGAUUCGAGGGGAAGGACUUUCUAAUCGGACUCGGUUAUUGCUUACAUUUUUCUGAACAGGAACUACAGUGCAGCAGGUGGAGGGAUGAGUCUCUCCCCUGUGAUUGGCACCGAAGUGCCAGAAACAGCUAACGGGGUUGUGACUCCCAUCUCUUCAGAGAACGGCCCUCACAUUCCGCUCCCUGUGAAAUAUGGGGCGAGCCGAGUGCCCUGUCAUAGGGAGACAUCAGAGGAGAGAGCGCUUGGAUACACAGAGAACCACGUAGAUGUGGAAAACAGAGUUUACGAUGGCGAAGGCCGCUUGGACACAGAGACGUGCGAUAAUGGGAGAACAUCUAGUUUAUCGUUACACGCCUCUCAUGUGACAGACCCCUCCCUUCCUGCUACCACAUGCACCGGAGACUCAGAAGACACAGAAUCAGGCUCCAGAGACACGGACAUUCAUGAGGCCUCUAACACGGUUGAGCCUCCUGGUGCAGCUCUGCUGUGGGACAUAGCACAGCAAGCACACUCCAAAGAGUCAUCUCAGCGAGGAGGCCCGGCCACUACAGACAGGCAGCAGACAGAUACAGAGACUGUAGAUGGAGACACUGACAGCCGAGACGAGGAGGAAGAUGGAGAAAAGGAGAAACAGGAUGAGGAGGACGAUGAGAAAAAUGAAAAAAAGUGGAUUAAACAGCGUGCAGGAGGGAGAACAGAGUCUUCACGAAACUACUCCUCCUCAGCUCCUGGUCCCAGCACCUCGUCCUCUUCCUCUCCUCCACCUUCACUUCUUCCCUCUGAGGACAUCCCCUGCCCCCCACACGUCAUGGCCCAGGUCUGGGUACGCAAUGUCCGGGGGAUGCAGGACAGCAAGAGCCUGGAUGAAAUCAGCCAAGCGUGUGGAGGUGGUUCAGGGGCCCGGGGAGGGGGCAGAGGUGGCCAGUCAGAGGGCAGACGGGCCACGAUCUCCUCAGCUCUGGAGCUAGAGGGGACGGUCAGCCAAGAAGGUGACCUGACUCACUUCAUCACCAAGAACCUGGAGCAGAAGAUUAAGAUGAGCUCCAAGCCCAGUCUGGACUGCAGUGACUCGGACUGUUCCGGUCCCAUCUACAGAAGCCGGGGGUUGUCAAGGAGACUAGCGGACAUCCCUCCCAUUGAUCCUGCUGUUCUGUUGGAUCUACAGAGACACACCCAGGACGUGGCACACAGUGUGGAGAUGAUGAUGCGAAGCCUCAAUGGAACCAUCCAGAAUAUGACAGCUCUGAGUGUGGGCUACAUCCAGACCUACAGAGACUCAGUGGACAGCCUAGGAGAGUCUGUGGACAUGAGUAUAAAGGGCAUGUACACACUGAUGGCUCGCUGCGAGGAGUUAGAUCGUUCCAUGCAGCCCAUACACACCCUGGCUGCACAGAUCCGUGACAUCAAACGCACCCUGGACACCCUGGAGACGAUCUGCAAGUAACCCCACCUCAAACAUCAAGCACAACCUGAACGAGGCCGUCUGCAAGUAAACCCACCUUUCUGCAGGUAGCACACACACACACUGCAGUGAAGAUUAAUUGCACCUCUGGAUUCCUGGAACCAUUGCUACUAGGCAUGCUGGAUGAUUGGCGCUCAUAGUCCCUCCGCCUGUUCAUCAUUUGAAGAUGACCAUGUUUGUGUUAUGAGAUGUCAACUGAAUUGGGCUUGAUUUGCUCAAGAGAAAGGAUUGACCUUUCCCUUCUAAUUUCAUUUUUUUUUUUUUUAAAGCAACCUAACUUCCUGUAAUGAAGUUGUCGUGAAACAAAAUCUCACAAAUGAAGCCGUUUUGGAGACACUUGGUCAAGUGCCUGUAAGACACACAAACACAUGUGCACACAGGUGAAAACAGAUCCUUGACGAUGUGUCCUCUUUUUCAACUUCAGUCUGCGGAGGCAUAGUGUGUCAUAAUCCGUCCAGCCCGCUUUGUUCGGAUUGCACUAACCUUUCCUCCCCACAUGGGGGCGAUGUUUCUCUCUCUCUGUCUCUCUUUUUGCUGAUGAAGAGGUCAGCAUGAACUGCUCAGAAGAAAGUGACUUUUGCACAGAAACAGAGAGUCUAUUUUUUAAUCUUAUGCAACAAAGAUCAGAUUCUUUCACUGCAGGCACAAUGAGGGGAGGGGAGCAGCGUGUCUGCCUUUUUUUUUAAUGUUUAUUUAUUUAGUUUUCUCAUUGUGCUUGCUUUUUCAACACUGCUACUCUGUGUCAGUAGUAACUGACCAGUAUAGCCAGCUUUUUUUCCACUGGUGGCCAUACUGGAGAAUUUGGCGAUUUGGCUCAAAUGUUGCUUGAGUCUACAUUCAUGAGGCACUGUCAGAGGUAAUGGAAGUGUUUCACCUUUUCUACUCAGAUUCUCUCAGACUGUUUAUCAAUUAAAAACUGGCAACCUUUAAAUCGCAGGUCUGCUUCUCUAAUUUAAAGCUACUACUAGCCACGUGUCCUAAAACCUCACCUUCCUCCUCUGUGUCAAUGCAAUCCAAGAUGUUUUGGAACACAUAACUAUAGAAAAAAAAAAUCUUGUGUAGCCUUCACAGUGGCUUUAAAUAUUUAAAAAGCUUUAGAUUCUGAUUUUACUUUUAAAUGUUAUCAAAAGUAAAACCACUCAAUUUUCUGAAGUCAUUGAAAAUCUAAUUUAAUUUCCAGGCAUCCAAGUAGCUAACAAAAUGCUCAGUGUCAUUAACUGGGUUGUGUAAUUUCCGUUUUGAUUCAGCCAGUUUAAAGAAAUGAUGUAUGUAUUAGAAUAGCUCAGUUGAAUCCAUUUACAGUAAUGGCAGCCAAUAUUCAACCAUAACAAUACAUUUUAGGGUUUGGCUAUAACUAAGUUUUACUCCCGUAAAAUGGUGGAUACCUUUAUUUGGAUCCUAACUCUGCAUUUAUUCUGCAUUGACUUCAUUUGAUUCUUUGGGGGGGGGUCCUGUAAAUUAAAUUCAAAUCAAUUUUGGCAUGCUUCUGAUUGUACACCAAGAACAGUUCAAUUUCUAUGCAGCAUGUUCAAGCUUUUGUUUUCUUUAACAAUGAAAAGAUUGGACACAAAGUUUGGAGGAUUAAAUCUAGGAAACAUCGCUGGAGACAGGACAAAGGCUUUGCAUAACGUGGACGCAUAUCACAUUUCAUUGAAGUGAGUAUUUAUUAAUUUACUCGAUGAUAAAAGCCACUGAAAGACUGCAGUGUGGCUGGGCUUAGUUACUUUACCAACCUAAAGCCAUUUGCUCUCAUGGAGCAUGAUACUUAAUGUAAUGAAGAGACUGUGGUACAACUGUCAUUGCCUUGUUGUGAGGGAUUGUACGCGUACUAGAUUUACCAACUUGUACGUUUACCUAUUACUGAUGGCAGCCAGCGUGUCAUCUGGUGGAUUUUGGGAUAUUUCACCUACAAAAUGUUAUCAGAGCAAUACUACAAGCAAAUAAUUACACAUUUUAAUCUUGGCUCUGCCUUGUUGAACUGUCUCUACAUGCGGCUCUGCAACUCUAUGGGAAAAAAGCUCAGAUAGCUCAGAUAGCAUUCUGUGUAAAUCUGCUCAUUGUUUCAUUGUCACUUUCAACCUUGUUAGCAAAGGUUUGGGAAAUUGUUGGGAAGAACAUUAAAGAGGAAAGGGAGCAACUUUAAAAAGCUUACCUGAAAGGAUAUAAUUAUACUGGUUACCUUAAUUAUGCUGGCGUUUACUCAAACAUGUCCGUGGCUAUAAAGAUAUAAAAACUCUUUUCCAGAUGAAGGUAAAUGUCCAGUGGACCUUUGGGAGUCUUGGUAGAUUUUCGAGGUGCAAAAGUAUCCUUGAGAUGGGAGGAAAUGUCACUGUUAAUAUAAAUGUAUUAAAUUAAAUUUCUGUUGUACAAUCAGAUGCACCUGUGUAGAUAUGAUCUCUUUCUGUAACUGAAAAAAUGAUUUAGAUACCCUUCGUCAUGAGUGUAUAUUUUAAUGAAAAAUAAAUUUACAUGAGCUGCAAAAACAAA